AUGGUUUUACAAUUCUCUCAGCAUUUCAGUGCUCCGUUCAACUUCGUCAUCCUUCAGCUGAAAGUGUGCCAGAAUGUACUGUGCUACAUUGGUGAUCGACAUCGCCAUCAGCCUGUGGACCCGAGCCGCCUGGAGGAGGGAAUCCGCUUCCUCCACGCCUACAACCUGGUGCACGACCCAGGCCACAGCGCAGGCUUUGCUGCCCACCAUGAGCUGCUACCCCUCCAGUCGCCCAACCUGUACGGCAUCCAGAUCUCCGGCUCCCACAAGCUGAGCGUCAGCAGCCCGUCUGCGGGGGGCCUGAGGGACCUGCAGCCCCCCGCCCUCCGCAACGGCUCGGAGCCGCUGGCAGCCCCCUCCCCCAGCAGUGUCCACGAGCAGCGAUACUCCCGGGGCCCGGAGCCUGGGACCCCCGAGGAACACAGCCCAGCUCCAGCCCCCACCCCGGCCCCUCGUGGCCUCCAAGUGUCCGGCCUGAACCUCAAGCGAGGCAAGUCUCACAAGCUUUACUCCUGUCAUUACUGUGGGGAGAGGUUCAGCACCAGGAGCAGUCUCCGCGACCACCUGUACUCCCACUCCUCGGGACCCCCCGGCGAGAGCAAGCCCCCCCUGGCCAGCGAGGAGCUGGAGAAGGCCGAGGGGGCGGAGCUGAGAAGCAAGGCCCCGGAACCCCGGACACCGGCGCCCAUUUCUCUGGCCAGGAAGAGGAAGUUCAGCUGCUUGAUGUGUGGCCACUGCUCAGAGACGGAGCUCGGCAGCUCCCCCCAGGCCCGUGAGGACACGAUGGCGAGCGACGUCAGCAGUAACGGGCAGAAGCUGGCGGUCAUACAGGUGUCCGCGGGCGAGAUGGAGAGGGCCUUUCGCGAGGUAUUUGCCCAGUACGGUCGCCCGCACGCCCACUGCCACUACAAGUGCCGUCAGAUCAACUGCGAACGUGUGCAGCUCAGCUACAAGCGCGGAGACAAAUUUGUGCACAAGUGGCUGUCAAACAAGGACCUGACCUACUGCGAGCGGACGGGCAUCUACUGGCUGCUGUACGAGGAGGGCCAGGGUAUGUUCUGCUUCCUGUGCCGCAAGCACGACACCCAAAACAAGCAGAACAAGACCAAGGUGUUUAACGGGACGCCCGCCGUGCGCUACAAGAAGGCGGCGCUGCAGGUCCACGCAGAGUCCCAGCAGCACAUGGCCGCCGUUCAGGCCGAGCUGAACGCCCGCGCCUCUGGACACCAGGUGGUGGAGCGGGUCAAGGAGAUGGAGGAGACCGGCAUGCUGUUCGUCCUCUUCCUGGCGGCUUACUGGCUGGCCCGGGAGGACAUCCCCAGCUCCAAGCUGCUCUCCCUCCUGCGGCUGAUGAGCGAGGCCGGUCUGAGGGGCCUUACUCACUUCCGUCGCUCCGAGACCCUGCGUGAGAUCUUCGUGUCGCUGGGGAACGUGAUCCAAGAGCAGGUGGUCCGGGGGGUGCAGAGGGCCGGCUGCUAUGGGCUGCUGUCGGACCAGGUGAGCGGAGGAGACCUGCUCAGCUCGGUCCAGUACGUCGAUCCCCAUUCGGCGGAGGUGAGGACCGGCUUCCUGUGUGUGGACGGGCUGAUGGGCUGGGCGGGGGGCUCGCAGGCCGAGGCCGUGGUGGAGCUGAUCCGGGACAGGCUGCGGAGGCUGGAGCUGCCGGAGCACCAGAUGGCCUCGCUGGUGACGGACGGCUCAGAGGUGAUGAUCGGUGAGAAGGUUGGGGUGGCGGCCAGGCUGAGGGAGCUGAACCCCAGCCUGAUUGCGGUGCAUUGCCUAAGGCACGAGCUGGGGCUGGCCGGCUCCCCCUCCUGCCCACACUGCCGCUACCUGGCCAUGGUGGAGGGCUACCUGCAGCAGCUGUGGGGGCUGUUGGAGACCUCGCCCGGCUUGUGUGCUGCCUACCUGCAGGCACAGCUGGAAGCCAAGGGGUUGGUGGCGCCCACCAGCGGGCGGACUACCAGGGCGCUGCUCCGCAGGCUGGCCAGGGUCUGCCGUCACCGGCGUCUCAACAUUGAGGCCUCGGUGGAUGCCGCCUACCGCGACUACAUAGCUCUGGUCCGGGUCCUGAUGGAGGCUGAGGCGGGCAGUGCCGCGGCGAGCGGGCUCCUGGCACAGCUGAGCACCGUGCGCUUCCUGGGGGCGCUGGCCAUCCUGCGGGAAACCUGCCCCAUCCUGAGCGGCCUCGGCAAGGUCUUCCAUAAGGGCUCCGUCAAUUUCUUCAAUGUGGAGCCGUCCGUCAAGUAUGCGGUGUACCGGCUGAACGAGGUGACGGGCAGCAAGGCCCCGCUGGCACGGCUCCAGGAGGAGCUGCAGUCGGGGGGGAGACUGGCGGGGACCGGGCUGAGCCUGGGGGAGGCCGAGGAGGCUGACCUCGGGGCCCUGCUGGACGCUUACGUCAAGGCCGUCAAAUCCAACCUCCAGCGUCGCUUCAACUCCUCGCUGCCACUGCUCUCCGCCUUCUCCAUCUUCAACCCCCUGCUCGUGCCUUCCCCGGAGUCCCCGGAUUUUGCCGAGUACGGAAUGCCGGAGAUCCGCACGCUCGCCAAACACUUCUACCGGGAGCCGGUGGACGGCGAUGGCGGCACAGCCACAGCCAAGAUGGGCCAAUUGGUGGAUGAAUGGGCCAAACUGCGCUUUGACCUCUUCACCUGGAAGAACAACGUGCCGGAGGCGGUGCUGACGGACACCAGCACCACGGUGACCGAGUGGUGCCUCAAACGUCUCUUUAGCCUCAAGACCGAGCUCCAGCAGGCGUACCCCUCAUUGCUGCCCCUGGCCGAGGUCUCGCUCUCCAUGCCCAUCACCAACGCCUGGUCUGACAAGGGCUGCAGUGCUCUCCGCAGGAUGGAGUCGUCUCUGCAUAGCCGUCCCAAACCCGACCUGCUCAACAGCCUGAUGCACAUCAGCCUCAAUGGCCCAGACGUCGGCAGCGCUGAGUGCGCGCAGGUGGUGCAGAGAGCGGUGACUGCUUUCCUGCAGCAGCGUCGGGGGAAGCUGGGGGGUGGCGGGGGGGGUGGGGACAGGCCGGGGCUGGGUGGGGGAGCUGAAGAGGGGGCUGAUCCCAGCCCCUCAGAGGCCGGGGAGGCAGGUGGCCCUCCGGAGCAGGACUGGGAGCUGGAGCUGGAGGAGACCGGGAGCGCACUGCAACUACACACUGAUAACGACAGUGACUCUGAGGAGAGUGUGUGUGACUGACCCCCGAGAGUGUGUGUGACUAACCCCC